AUGGAAGAGGCAAGCAGCAAGGUGCUGCAGCAGGUGGAUGCAGAGGCAGACGAGUUUGAGCAGCAGCUGGCAGCAGCGCGGGCAGACAUGGAGCGCAGCGAGCGCGAGUUUGACGAGUUUGAAAAGUCCGUGGAGGAGAGGCGCAACUCGCUGCUCUUCUUCAAGCAGCUCUACCGCCGACCCUCCGAGUCCUCGCCUCCUGCUGCUGCCGCUGGUUCACGCGGCUCAGAACCUGCAAGCCGAGGCACAAGGGGAUUUGAUUCGUCGGAUGACUCCUCGUCAUCUUCAGCAUCGCUGCAGCCCCGCACUCAAACACCCCCUUCGGCUUCGUCCUCGCGAUCUGUGCAAUCGCUGCCCUCGUCCAAUGCGGCGCUCUCUCGCAAGGAGCAAGCACUGAAGGCAGUACCAGAGCUGUUCUCAGCGAAUCAAAGGGCGGCUGCAUCGCCGUUUCGUCACAAGGUGUAUGCUGCCCUUGUGGCUAUAUCAGGGCUCUCUCUAGUGCAGGCGGUCACGCAUGAACCCAAGGAGUGGCUGCAGGUGGCUGCUAGUGGGCUUGUGUUCUCCGCACUGCUGGUGCAAGCACUGUAUGAACGAUCGCUUGCAGGAAAUGGUAAAGUUGAUGAGAGAGAUACUGGUCGCAACAAGUAG